AUGAAUUUCGUUGCCUUCAUCAAUAAGGCGAUUCUCCCACUUGUACGCACCAUCACCGACAACUUUGUGACUGAUCGAGCGUCAGCGGAGGCUAUCACUGUGGGUCUGAACACUAUCCGUGAGAUCUGCGCCCGCUGUCCCUACGCUGUGGACGAGGAUUUGCUCUCUGAUCUCGUUGGAUAUAAGUCCUAUCGCAACAAAAAUGUGGUUGCGGCUGCGCGAUCCCUUAUCCGGUUGUAUAGACGGGUAAACCCCUCACUGCUUCCAAAGCGCGAGGUGGGUCGUCCGACGGAGGCGGUAAAGGAGGCCCUAAGUGUGGACAAUGCAGAUACCGACGCCCUGGCAGCAAGCAAUGGGCCGGCACGUGUCUUCGGCAAGAAGUGCGUUGCGACUAGCAUUGUAGGUGCCGAGGUUCUCAUAGAAGCCGUUACUUCCGACACCGGCGAUGGUGAGCGCCCCAGGAAGAGACGCAGAGUUGAAAGAAACUUGGAAAGGGUUCUUGAGUCUGCGGACGAUGUUGGUGACGAAGGAGGGACGAGGAGGGAAGGGCUGGGGCCGAACACUGAGAUCGGAGAAAACUCCAUUUCGAAAUGUCCGAGUGAUGACGAUGCCGAUAGCAUUUCUACUGUUGAAGAGGAAGGCGGGCGGGAUGUUGAAGCUGGUGGCGAUGAAGACCUGGAGGAGCGAAAGGGGGCGACGAACAAGGCUUCCAAUGCAGAAGAAAACAAGUUGGUUAGAACUAAACCGGCCAAAAAUGUAGCGCUUGAGGAGAUCCUCGCCACUCGUGUUCUCACCGAUGAGGAUUUUGAGGCCAUCCGCAAGCGACAGGCUGAAAAACAGACCCUCUUCGCCGCUGCUGGUGGUCGAAAGAGGAAGCGGGGCGAGGAGGUGGUGAUCGAGGAAGAACUUUUCGGAGGUUAUGCUGAUGACAGUGACGAUGCGGAUAGUGAUAAAGAAGUAAAUCCGGAGGAGGUGCAUGGUCUUGUGUCAAUGCGAAACAUUACUAAACUCGUCAAGAGGCCCCACUCCACUAAGGCAGAUCGUAUGGACACCGUCGCAGAGGGUCGAGAGGGCCGUAAGAAGUACGGAUUCCAGCUUGUCAACGACAAAAAAUGGUUCCUUGUGAUGAACAAGUGA